AUGGUCGAAAGGCUGACACCCAUUUUGAAGAAGAAGGACACGAAAAUGCGGCUUGCACAAGAGGUGGGACUCAAGUUGGCAGUCACUCUCCGCUACCUGGCUAGUGGGAACGACUAUACAAGCCUCCAAUACAGCUUCAAAGUCUCCAAGAGUUCCAUAUGCCAGUUUAUCCCAUUAGUCUGUCAAGCCAUUAUCAACACAUACAAACCAGAAGUGAUGAAGUGCCCCAAGACACCAGAAGCCCUGGAUGGGAAGCACGUCGCGAUCAAGAAACCCAAAGGUGGAGGAUCACUGUACGUCAGUUACAAGAAGUUCCACAGCAGCGUCCUCAUGGCCCUCUCCAAUGCAAAAUACAGGUUCCUGUUCGUCGGCAUCAGUGCAGAAGGAGGUGCUGGGGAGGGAGGAACCUGGCAGAAGUGCAACCUGGCCAGGGCCAUCACAUACAACCGAGCAGAACUCCCACAAGACAGAACUCUGCCCAACGACGACGAACCCAUCCCCUUCCACAUAGUCGUCGACGAUGCCUUCGCUCUCAAGUUGUAG